AUGGGUAAUUGGCAGUUGGAGGUGGGCAAGAUGGUGUUGUACAUGGCGUUCCCGGUGUGCCUCUUCCACUACUUCAAUCAGCCUCAAUACUUCGAGAAGUGGGUAGUGCAGAAGAAGCGGGAACUUUAUCCUCCGGAUAGCAAAACCGAGCAAUACCGGGCCGCCCUUAAGGAACUCUCAGAUAGGCAACGUAUGAAGCAGUUCGACACUUAG